CCACAACCUGCAGGAUUCGCCUUUCGUUUCUGCUGCUGGUUGAAAUCUGUACUCGCACAGCGUGCUCCUGAAUGAUUUCUUUUGCUCGCACAAAACUAUUUUUAGUCGCAAAUGUGAGUAAAAUGCUCGCACCGUAGAGCUCUGGUCUCAGUCUAACACCAAGUCAGUUAAACUUCAGGGAUAUCAGUCUGUCCAUUUAGGAAGCACAAGUGACUGUGAAUCAGUUUCAGCUGCUUUAGUGCAAAUCUAAGUGGCAACAGGUGCAAUGCAGAGGCAAAAGCAAGACAUCCCCCAGUAAGGGCAGCAUGAGGCAGUACCUGCAGCCAAAUCAGGUCAAGAAGGGCAUCAACCCAGCAGCAGGACCGGUGUCUGCUCCUUUGUGUGAGGAGGAACAGGAGGAGCACUGCCACAGCCCUACAACAUGAGCUCCAGCAGGCUACUGGUGUGCAUGUUUCUGAGCACACUGUCAGGAACAGACUCCAUGAGGGUGGCAUGAGGGCCCCACGUCCUCUACAGGGACCUGUGCUCACAGCCCAGCACCGUGCAGCUCAACUGGCAUUUGCCAGAGAACACCAGAAUUGGCAGGUGAUACAUUUCUAUGGCAUAAUCAUUUUGAUAUGGUAAAGCAGAAGCCAAGAAGUGAGAUCCUGGUCUUAACUCAGUUUUGACAGAAUAUGUAGUUUGUAACACACUUUGUCUUUGUACAGCACAACACUCCUGCCAAAUGUUUGAAAGUAUGAAAAAGUGGAUCCAUUGUAGAAUGAAUCUUUAUAAUGUAAUGGAAAUGUCACUGCCUUUAAAUGACUAAUGAUCAUUCACUACAGAGUGUGGUCACUGUUUGUUUGUGGCUGUAGUCCAACAACAUGGCAGGCCUGUCAGACAUGUUUUUGAAAACGAGGAAAACUGCUGAGUUUAUUAUUUGCCUAAUAUGCAAAUAAUUGUUUUAUCAGAACACUUUCCAUGAAGUUAAAAUGAUAGUGAGGUACUGUGAGGCGUUUGUGUUGAACAUCAGGAGCUAUUUCAACAGCUGCAAGUCUGAAGUCACACAUUCAACAAACUGAGAGCGAACAAGAUGGACACAGUUCUUCUGCUCAUCACAGCAGGGCUGUGUGCUGUCUCAUCACAUGCUGAACGUCAGUACCAUUUUGUUUAUGAAUGGAAGAACUGGACUGAAGCACAAAGUUACUGCAGAGAGAAUUACACAGACCUGGCUACUGUCGACAACAUGGAGGACGUGACGACCCUGAACAACACGGCAGAUACAAGCACAUUAGCCUAUAUUGGACUGUACAGAGGCACGUACAGCUGGAAGUGGUCACUGUCAGACACAAGUUUCUACAAACACGGGGAGACAGAGUUCAGACGAUGGAGGGCUGGAGAACCAAGCAAUAUUGACAGUGCAGCACACUGCACAGCGAUGGAUGAGGAUGGACUAUGGAACGACACCCACUGUAGUAACAGGCUUAAGGUCGUCUGCUCAUAUGUCAGAGGGUCGGAUGUGACAUUUAUCCUCAUCAACAAAUCCAUGACAUGGACUGAGGCCCAGAGCCACUGCAGAGUAAACUACACAGACCUGACCAGUGUGAGGAACAUGACAGAGAACCAGAAGGUACAGGAGCUGAUACCUGCAGGAGAACGUGUCUGGAUCGGCCUCUUCAGAGACUCCUGGAAGUGGUCGGAUGGAAGUAGCUCCUCAUUUAGGCACUGGAGACCAGGGCAACCUGAUGGAGGGAAUCAGCAUUGUGUGGCUGCACACUUUUACUACUCCGGACAAUGGUACGACGAGCCCUGUGCCAUCAGGAGAACGUUCAUUUGCUACAGCACACCUGUGGGAGAAAAAACCAAACAGCAAACUACGACAAAACCAGUGUUCAGACUGAAGUUUCACACACAGGACUCCUCUCUGGAUCCGAAUGACCCUGCUGUGAUGGAGGACACCUUGAAGAAGCUCAAACAGAAGCUGAAGGACCAGGGGCUGGGUGACAACAUCAAACUGAGCUGGAGGAAGCAGCCAGAUGGAAAAGUCUUCCACAAGGAAGAGAAGAAGAAGAAGAAGACCAAAAAGGAUGAGCUUUAAGGCUGAAUUGUUGUGUUUGGUUUCAUCAGAGAAAAGUGGAUUUCUUUCCUUAAAGUCUUCAUGUAAUGGGUCAGAAUAGAUCUGCAACAAUUAGCUGAUUAAUCCAUCAGUCGCAACUAUUUUGACAAUUCAUUUAUCAGUUAUCAGCUGAUUCCAAGUUCUUAAAUAUAAGAUUUGAUGCUUUUCUUUGUCAUAUAUGAUCAUAAAUUUAAUAUCUUAGACUAUUGGUCGAUAAAACAAAGCAUAAGAAACCAUUUGUUAGGGCUGUUGGAAAUUAGAACAGACUUUGUUAUUAUUUUCUGACAUUUUUCAAUGAAAAUACUUUAAGAAGAAAUAAGUGAAGAUACUUAAUAAUCAGAUUUGACUCAAGGAAAGUAAAAAAAUCAGCUUUAAUGUUUUGUGGAAUCUUUAAAAUAUAUUUACAAAUGAGUGAUAUGGAAAAUAAUCAUAUGUGUUCUUCUCAUGCUGUCACCUUAUCAGGGAUACAAACUUUAAGUAAUUUCCCUAAAAUUAUUUAUGUGAGUUUUUUAUCUUACUGUUUCACCUUUAAGUUUAAAUGCCAAAUAUUUGCUGGUUCCAGCUCCUCAGAUAUGAAAUUGAUCAUUUUCUUUGUCAUAUAUGAUCAUAUAUUUAUUAUCUUUGAGCUUUAGACUGUUGGUUGAUUAAAACAAAACAUAAGAAUUGAUCUGUUUGGGCUGUUGGAAACUAUAACAGACAGUUUUCAGUAUGUUCGGACAAUUUAUAAAUCAGGUUAGAUUAAAAUAAAUACACUUUAUAAUGUAAGAUACUGUAAAUUAAGACACUUAAAGAUGAGAUUUAACUGAAGGCAACUCCAUUGAAAAAAAAACAGCUUUAAAAGAGAUGAGCUUUGGUGUUUCUGAUAAUCUUUAAAAUCUAUUUUAACUCUCUUUCUUUAUUUGAGAGUAAUACUGCAUCCAGAAAAUGAGUUGUUGUCUCACUGUAAUGUUUCAGAAUAUUUUAAAGAAUUAUGUGGAAAUAUGUAUUUUUAUCAUGCUGUCACCUUAUUAGGAAAAGUAAAGCAAAUUAAGCUUAAAUAAUUCAAAGGUCCAGUGUGUAGGAUUUAGAGGGAUAUAUCAUCAGAAAUUGAAUUGAAUAUAAUAAGUAUGUUUUCUGUAGUGUGUGAUCACCUGAAAAUAAGAAUCACUGUGUUUUGUUACUUUAGAAUGAGACAUUUAUAUCUACUAUUUGGAAUAAUAUGCUUGUUACACAUUAGUAAGUGUAAUAAAGGAGCACUGUUUGGAUUUAGGGACAUUAGCAGUGAUGGUUUCCGAUUGCAACUAGCUGAAACUUCUACCAUGUGCCAAGUGUGAACUUAGAAUUCCUUCAGUGUUCAUUGUUCAGGAGGUUUUUAUCAGGAGCCAAAUUAUCUGCUGAGCUCUUUUCUUCUCCUAAACAAACAGACCAGCUGAUUUAAACCGUUUCAUGUUACAAGUCUGUGUUUUUACCAUGCUGCUCAGCUUGUCUUGGAGAGGCAAACUACGGUGGCUGAUGAGAAAAAGCGAAUGACUAUCUAGAGUCAGUGUUUGGUUUGACCGUUCUGGGCUACUGUAGAAACAUGGCGGUGCAACAUGGUGAUCUCUGUAGACGAGGACCUGCUCCCUAUGUAGAUACAAACAGCUCAUUCUG